AGGAGGAGGAGGAGGAGGAGGAGGAACAAAGAGACUUGUACUGAUUUUCAUAAAAAUGAAAAAUGAGCGAAACGCAAACGGAGUUCUGUUUAUUCGUGUGAAGCAGCAUCAUCUUCAUCAUGUCUGAGGAGGCUGCAGGAGCAGAGCGAGGCCCGGAGGAGCAAGAGGAGGCAGGAGGAGGACGAGGAGGAGGAGGACGAGGAGGAGGACGGGUUACCAUGGAAACGCCCAACGGUCCCGUUUACUGUGUCUGCAGGAGACCAGACAUCAACUGCUUCAUGAUAGGGUGCGACAGCUGCACUGAGUGGUUUCAUGGGAACUGUAUCGGUGUUUCAGAAAAAGCAGCUAAAGCCAUCAGAGUGUGGUACUGUCCGUCCUGCAGAGACAGAGAUCCAUCUCUGGAGAUUAAAUACCGUCCGAAGAAGACCAAGGACAAGGAGGAAAAAGAGUCAGAGCCAGAGAGGGAGGACAAAGUUGACGGAGAUGGAAGGUCCACCCCCCAGCCCAAGACUGACAGGAGGCGGGGCUCACAG